GAAAAAAGACAAAGAUCGCAGGCUAUGGUCUUUCAGAGAAUCUUCGAAUUCACGAUCUUAAAGUCAUGUGAUUCACAGCAAAUAUAGCAACAAAUAUCUCAAUUGGUAUUUUCCAAAGCCACGAAACGUGCAUUGAGUUUGGAGCGAUAUCUGAAGUGAAGAUUGAAGACGUGAUAGAAGAUGGACGACUACUGCUAUGCUAAGAUGGCGACGUCCGCUAAAAGAGAACAUGAAAGAGAAUCAGCGCCACCAACUUCCAGCAAAUCACCAACGGAGAUAAAGACGAACGAUGAAGACGUCCAGCAGCUGAUCGGUAAUCCAGAAGAAGUUUCCCCUCAGUUAGGGGGGAGCUCCACUUUGAAGCAGGAGACUCCACAACCACCCUGCAUUAAAAAGGAAGAGGAGGAACUCUGCAUCACUCAGGAGGGAGAGUGUCUUCUAGGACGAGAGGAAGCUGAUUACACCAAGUUUCCACUGAGUAUUCUCUCUGUGAAGACUGAAGAUGAUGAAGAGAAACCACAAGAAGACAAUUACUUAGCUCCACUAUCAGAUAGUGAGGCUGAAGACGAGGUUGAAGAACCUUUGAGCAGAGAUAAAGACUGUGAAGGUGAUAUGAGGACUCACACUGACAACAAACACUCUGAAUGCUCUAAAAAGAAGAGAGGUAAAACAUGUUUGAGCUGCCCAGUUUGUGCUGAAAGUUUUACUAAAAAGAGCCUUUUGACUCAACACAUGAGAACACAGACAGGUGAAAAUAAAUGUAUUUGUUCAGUUUGUGGGAAAAGCUUUUCUCAAAAUACCUCUUUGACAAACCACAUAAGAACACACACAGGUGAAAAACCAUUUAAUUGUUCAGUUUGUGUAAAAAGCUUUUCUGUUAAGAGAUAUCUGACUGAACACAUGAAAACACACACAGGUGAAAAACCAUUUAAUUGUUCCGUUUGUGGCAACAGCUUUUCUCAAAAAAGCUCUUUGACUCAACACAUGAGAACACACACAGGAGAAAAACCAUUUAAUUGUUCAGUUUGUGGCAAAAGCUUUUCUCUAAAUUUCUCUUUGACUCAGCACAUGAGAACACACACAGGUGAAAAACCAUUUAGUUGUUCAGUUUGUGGCAAAAGCUUUUCUUUUAAAGGCAGUUUGAUUGAACACAUGAGAACACACACAGGUGAAAAACCAUUUAAUUGUUCAGUUUGUGGCAAGAGCUGUUCUGUUAAAAGGUAUUUGACUGAGCACAUGAGAACGCACACAGGUGAAAAACCAUUUAGCUGUUCAGUUUGUGGAAAAAGCUUUUCUUUUAAGGGCAGUUUGAUUGAACACAUGAGAACACACACAGAUGAAAAACCAUAUAAGUGUUCAGUUUGUGGCAAAAACUUUUCUGUUAAGAGAAUAUUGACCCGACACAUGAGAACACACAGGACUAAGACCAUUUAAUUGUUCAGUUUGUGGUAAUAGCUUUCCUCAAAACAGCUCUUUGUGGCAACACAUGAGAACGCACGUUUGAGAAAAACCAUUUAAUUGUUCAGUGUGCUGUAAAAGGUUCCCACAUAAUGCAGACGCAGUAAAACACAUAAGAACACACAAGGGAAAGUAAUCAAUUAGCUGUUUAGUUUGUGGUAUGUUGCUCAUAUGUGGUGACAUCCACCCUACCCAGGACCUCCUCACUGCUUCUUUCACAAAUAUCUGAGGUAUUCAUACAAAAUUGGAUCAUGUCUUUUCUGUAUCUGAAACCUUCCUGAACAGUAAGAUAGAUGAUGCUUCAAGUGCUUGGUUACUCCUUCUUCAGUCCAGGGACCUGGGGCCUCAUGUGUCAAAUUUGUGCACGCUCAAAAACCUGCACUACACCCUUUUUCACUGCAAAGUUGAGAUGUAUCAAAACUGACGUUGACGCAUAAGUGAUGCUGGGUAACAGUUCGCAUAAAAAAGUGCCAACUUUUACUUCUCGGAGUGAUUGAUGUGCAAAUCUGAGACAUAAGAACAAUGACAAAUGAGGUAGUUGAUACAUAGAAUAGUUUUUAUUCAUGCUUUAUUUACUUUUUGUUCAAUCCUAGAUUGGUUGUGACUUAAAGUUUAAUUGCUUUGUAGAAACACUGAGAUUAAGUCUAAGUUCAUUGUGUUCUUCAAGGUGUUUUUGAAAAUGCACCAUUAUUUUCCUCUAAAUUUUUAACUAACUUGAAGUGUUUUGUCAAGAGGAUUAUUUGUGAUAUGUACAUUUUCAGAAUGUGCUUGUUCUAUUUUAGGCCGAAGUAAAAUAAA